AUGGAAAAUAAUAUCCCUAUGAUGCGCUCAUUCCCCUUGAGCUCUCCGCCGACUUCGGUGUCUUUUCCAGAUAUCACACCGAACCUUACCCCGAAUGGCUCUCGAGUUCCGGACCAGUCUUCAAUAAGCGGUUCAGACUGGGAAAUACUGAAGUCACAGCUGUUACGGCUAGUGAGGGAUCACGGAAACGUCGCUUCAGACCGGUUUUCUAUUCAAAAAAGGCGUGCAAAUUUACGGCAGAAAAGAGCUACAUCAACAGGCCUGGGGAUCACUUUGAUGAGUGAAUUAAACGCACAUUUUUCAAAGGAGGAACCGCAUCCAACGUCUCCUUCGCCUCUCUUCACCCUGUUUGAACAAUACCAAAAAUCAUGGACGGAGUACCUGGUCCUAGAGAACGAAUAUAACGACCAAGAGGAUAGGCUGGAUGACAGAGAGUUUCAACUCGAAGAGGUCCAAGAGAAACUGAAAAAGGCUGUUGAACGAUGUGAUACCGACAAAGAUGCCAUCGCCGAUCUCGUGUCUAUAGAGGACCAGGAGAACUUGGUACCCAGUUUACCUUUCGAGUCAGGAGAAUAUCACCCCCUGAUGGCUGAAUAUCUUUCACGCCGUGGCACUCUUAAGCUUGUCGAAGAAAGGCUGUGGGACCUUCAGAUGGAACACAAAGAAGCAUACGAAGUCUAUAAGAUGGGAAGAGGGCCAAGGUCAUCACAACCGAACGGAGACGAUAUUGAUCUGCUCAACAACUUUAAAAAAUACGAAGACGAAAUACUCCGUGAGCGUGAGGUGUUGGAAACGGAAGUUGAGCAGCUCAAGGCACAAUGCGACAAACAAGGUCUCUCCGAAGAUCUAUCUAUUCCUCAAAUAUCAGAUAGCGACUCAGAAGCUCCGAUAUCAAAUCCCCUACAGUCACUACCGGCGUAUAAACACGUACUCUGGGGGAGAGACAGUCCCCGGUUUUUUGAAAGUGCUAUGCCACAAGACUCUGUCGACACCGGAUCAUAUAUCAACAAGUGGAUUUUCCAUCAGCUAUGCCAGUCUUCAUUGGAGGUCCUCCAGCUAAAGCAGAGCCUUGGUUCGCAAAAUCUGGAGGUUGGUAGUGACGAAGAGCUUCGCGAUCUAGCUAUGAGGUAUUGGAAGUUUGAUGCUGCUGCGAAGCCAGUUUUUCGACCUAUUUCAGAUGCGUGCUCUAACGAUUCUGGCGAUUCUCAUGUACCGCCCGCCAAUGCAAAGGCUACUGGUGAUGUUGAGACAAAGAUAAUCGACAAUAUUGAGACAAUGGCUAUCGACAGGAUCGAGAGGAAGGCUGUCGACAAUAACGAGAUUCUUCCACGUACCAGGCCCAAUCUUCCCAAACGUCGUUAUUCCAGCUUGAUCGACUACAAUAAACAGCGGCCGAGUCCUAGUCGACGCCAAGCCUUUUCAGCAAUUUUUUAUUACGAUAAGCCUUUUCUUGGUAUCACAUGA